CACUCACGAGUCACAUACACCUACCACGCGACCUAAUUCCUUCAAGACGCGCCAACCCCGUAUCAAAAAUAUCAUCUGUCUAGGUACAUAGGCGCAUUUAGCCAAUGUUAGAUAGCUAAUAUUUCCAAGAAUCGAGAAGUGUUCAUCCAACACAUGACCUAGUGUAAUACCUGGUAUCCUAGGAGAUAAGGCACUAAUCAACAACACCACCCAACGUACUUAUUGAACCAAUUGUUCUUGUCCUCCUAGUGUUCAAUACUAUGUCACCAUCCGCCAAAGCUAUCGAGAAGGAUCUCCGCGACGGAGUUCGCGCCAUCGUCGACGAACGCGGCUGGGACGAUGUGACCGUGAACAAUGUUCGCCAAUAUGUCGAAGAAAAAGCUGACUUGGAGAAAGGGUUCUUCAAGGAACCAGAGUGGGACGCGCGAAGCAAGAAGAUCAUCAAGGAGUUUGUUUCCAAGUUACUAGCCGAAGAGGAAGAAGCCCCACCAUCCUCCCCUGUAGCUAAGGUCAAGUCUGAAUCUAAGAAUGGAGUGAAGCGCCAGUCGAGCGAGGAGCCAUCUCCCAUACCAAAGCGUCAGAAGAAAGCCGCUCGAGCCGUGCCGCCUAAGAAGACUAAGCCUAAGAAAGAGGACUCUGAAUCGGAACUUAGCGACUUAGAUGACAUGAGCGAUCCCGAGGAGGCACCGAAGAAAGUGACUACAAAGAAGGCAACUAAAAAGGUAGACUCGGAUUCCGAACUGAGCGAUCUCAGCCUAUCAGAAGACGAACCGAAGACAAGCAAGGCGAAGAAGCCAACGUCGCGUCGCAAGUCUAAGAAAGAAGAGUCUGAGUCUGAAUUAAGCGACCUGGAAGACUCGGAGGAAGAACCCAAGAAGAAGGCGAAGAGCUCGAAAAAGGCCGCGCCCCGUCGCAAGUCUAAGAAAGCUAAAGAUGAGGGGGCCAGCGAUUUGGAAGACUCGCCCACAAUCAAGAAGCGCAAACGCGCAGCGCCUACAAAGAAGGCCACCGCCAAGCGCGUUAAAGCGAAACCUGCUAGCGAGGAUGAAGCAGUCGACGAGAAGGAUGAAGCGGCUUCAGAUGUUAAUGAUGAUACCAAGGCCGAGACUAAUUUGGAAGCAAAGGCCACAGAUGCACCUAAGCCCGAAAAGCCGGACGAGAAUACCAAAACGGAGGGUGUGGAUGAUGAGGAUAGCAAAGAGGCAAAAGCGGAAGACUCAGACUCUUCAUUAUCAUCCGUCUUAGACGAGCCGCCCCCGAAAAAGCGCAAGGCUAGAGAGUCCAAAGGAGCAUCGAAGCCAAAACAGACGAAGGAGGUAUCGGGAGACGAUGCAGAGAUCAAGAAGCUACAGGGGCAGCUAGUCAAGUGCGGAAUUCGCAAAAUAUGGGGUAUUGAGCUAAAGAAGUACGGCGACGACAACAAAGCCAAGAUCAGACAUCUAAGAGGGAUGCUCCGCGACAUAGGGAUGGAGGGUCGCUUUUCCGAAGCCAAGGCAAAAGAUAUUAAGGAGAAGAGAGAGCUUAUGGCGGAUCUGGAAGCAGUCACCGAGAUGAAUCGCAACUGGGGCAGCGGAAGCGGUGGGCGCGCCUCCAGAAGCAAGGCUACCAAGAAGCCUUCGAAGGCAGAUAUUGAAGAUGACGAGGAUGAGGAUGGUAAUGAUGAUGUUGAUGAUAAUGAGGAUGAGGACGAAGUUAAGGCAAACCCGCGAGUGUCUAAACGAAUGGCUGAUCUGGCUUUCCUUGGAAGCGAUAGCGAGUCGGACUAGGGAGAUAAUAAGGCACGCAUUUCUUGCAGGCAAAUGGCGAAGCUUGUCAGUCCUUGGGCAUAUUAUGAAGAGGUUUUAAUGAGGAUGUGGAGUCAUGUUGCAGAUAUCCCUAUUUGCUAGCAUUCAUCUUCUGAGCUACGAGACUGAAGACGGCAACUGAGCCCAUGAAUAAGACAGCAUUGUAAAAAGCUCGACGUGAAACUUCUCUCUCUUCGUCAUCUGACCUUGCCUCGAUGAAUAGCCGGCGGAGAUUGGGGAAGUUUGCCUAUAUUGCAUGAGCUUGCUACUGCAGGUAGUCUAAGCUAUACGUUUAGACAGUAGAUAUAGUCUAAGCUCACCAUGUGAUACUAAGCUCGGAGGAUCUGAUUCUGAUAAUUACAAUUGUAUUGCUUCACAGCUUUCAUAUAAGUUUCUUUGCCGCUUGCCACUUGUAGAGAUAGG